AUGGAGAACACCUUGCCCAAAUGGUCGGUGGAGAUAACCUCAACCUUCACUGCGGCGCAAGUCACCAAGACGCUGGCGGAUGUGGCCUCCAACCUCUCGGCGGUGUACUUGGAGCUAGGCCGGGCGCGGGACGCCUUGGACCACGCGAAGAUGGCGGUGGACAUGGUGCCAAAGCACGAGAAGGCGCUUUUUCGCGUGGCCAAGGCGGCCUUCCUGCUGGGGGAUUUCGACCAGUGCCAAGAGCGCCUCGAUGUGCUGCCGGAGGAUCCGGCGGUGAAACGCUUAGCUGCAGACCUCGAGCGCGCCAGGAACAAGCACGCCUCGAAGAGCAAGAAGCUGGGGGCGGCGCUCCUGGAAGCUGCAGGGGAAGGACGGGAGUACGUUGAGAAGCCGCCGCCGGAGGAACUCCCCACCUUCUUUCAGGAGAUCGUGCAGUCUGUGACGCCGACCAAGAAGCAGGUGAUCCUCCUUUGUGUUUUGGCGGUGAUUUCACUCUCCGCGAUGUUUCUGGCGCCACGGCGCUACCUGCCUCAGGCCGUGAUGAUGUCGCUGUUGUGCUCAACCCUGGUCUUCGCGGUUUACACGGCCCUCACCAUGGAGGAGGAGGACAAAGAUGACGCCAAGAAGACCAAGUGA